AUGUCGCUCUUCGGUCAACCCAAGCCUCUCGGCUCCGGCGGCCUCUUUGGUCAAACACAAACAGCACAGCAGACACAGCCUGCGCAGCAAACAGGCAGUGUAUUCGGCCAGACCAUGGGAGGUCAACAGCUCCCCGGCGCCUCGAUUGCACAACAACAACAAGUUCAGCAAAUGCCAACCCUAGCCCAGUCACAAGCUCAACUAUCAAGCUCACUGUGGCAACCUGGCAAAGAAACACCCCACCAAAAACCCAUCCUCGACCAGAUCAAGCUCGUCACCGAGAAAUGGGACCCAGCAAACCCCAGCUGCGUCUUCAAGCACCACUUCUACAACAAAGUCGACGAAGCCCACAUCCCGUUCUACAAGCCGCAGCCUCACGAAGAUCCCAGCGAAUGGGAAGAAGCUCUCCAGAACAAACCCGCCCCGGGGUUCAUGCCCGUCCUCUGCUCGGGCUACACUGGUCUCGCCGACCGCCUCAAGACACAGAAGCGCGCCAUUUCCGAGUUCAACACGCGUCUGCACCAGGUCAAUGGCAGCCUGGACGCCAUCUUGCAGCGUCAUGAGCUGGAGACGGAGGUGCGUGCUCUGGCGGCGAGGAGACGGCAGACUGCUAUUAGCGAGAGGUGCUUGGCUCUGGCGGCAAAGGUGCAGAUUUUGAGGAAUCGCGGCUAUGCGCUGAGCGGCGAUGAGGAUGAUUUGAAGAAUAGACUGCAGACACUGGAGCGCGAGGUGCAGGAUCCGGCGUUGGGGGCUAGGGAGGAAGAGCUGUGGAGUAGGUUGAUUGUGUUGAGAGGCUAUUCGGAUCGUUUGAAUAAGGAAUUGGAUAAACCUGCUGGUCAAGAUGGGGAGGGUCUGGAUCCUGAGACGGAGGCCAAGGCAAAGAGGGUGUUGGAAGACUACGAGAAGCAGCUGCAGCAUCUGAAGAAAGAGCUGGAAGCGCUUGGGGUUGAUUUCGAGGAGUGGGAGAAGAGCCGCAAUGCUCCUACAAAAUCGAGAUAA